UUCCCCCCCCCCCUUAGACAAACUGACAUCAUUGCAGCAUGGCGAGAUUAGCUAUGGAGCCGAAGAUGAAACGGACAGCGUUUUUUUGACUUUGCUUGAAGCUUUUCCCUCGCCUGGAUCCUGUAGAUCAGGGCACGUAAAUGACGAACGAACAAGGAUGGUCGCAAACACUGCAGACUGACAGACAACCGGCCCGGAGCAUCGGACUCAAUAGACGUCGACCGAAACACCGUGGCGAUCGACGGUUUGUUUGGGUUUUCGCGGUCGCGGUCACUUCGCUGGCUGGACUGGAUGUCUUCCAGGUCGGUAGUUUGUUGUCUUUGGUUUUAGACUAUCGCUCUCGGCAUGGAGGAGCAUGCAGGUGCAGAUUGCAUCAGAUCAUAUCCGCCGGAAUUCGACGACAGGGAUGGGAUGUGUCUGCGGUGGAUUACUGGAGUGUCCAGAACGGCCACGUAACAUUCGACGAAGGUCGUCACGGAGGGAAUCGAAGGGGAAAUAAGACAAGAAUGCAAGGAGGCAUGGCGGAUGGAAACCGAUAGAUUUGCGAUUAUGCGGGGAAGCAGGAACGCGACGGCGAAAAAAGGAAAAACGAAAACAAAUGAUCCAUGUAGAUGAUCCCUUGGCAGUGGGAUGGACAGAGGCGUUGUAUGCACGAUGCACUAUUGCAGGACCCUGAUUGUGAAAUGAUGCGGUGGUCGACCUCACGAUAUGCAGGGGAA